CUGCUCACAAACUAUACCUAUUUUUCGUCCAGUCACAUCACCCCUCACCCUAAGGUCCAGGGUACUCUCCCUUCUCCACCCUUUCUGCUCCAUCCCAGAUUCCCAGACCUUUUCCAGUCUCACAUCCUUCUUUGCCCCGCCCAGAGUUCGUGGCCUCUUUUUUUUCCUCCUUUUUAGUUCUAACUUUCCCGCCUCAGUAGCUUUUGGCCAAUCGGAGAUGUAACUUUCCCCUUUUUUUACCCCCGGCCUCAUACGUGACGUAAGUGAAGUCAGAUCUCUGAUUGGUUUUUCUGCUGCACGAGCUCUCCAAUAACAGGUAGACUUUUUGUGCGCAGAUGGUCAUCAACUACCAUCGCUGGUGAUUGGCUGGAGUGGACGGAGAAAGGAAAAUGGCGGCCAUUAUCUCAGUAGUCCCAGUGGCUGUGGCGGCUGCCGGGGUGCCAGUCUUGGUAGCGAGCGGCGAUUUCUCAGAUUUGCGGGAAGUUAAAAAGCAGCUGUUACUUAUCGCUGGCCUUACCCGGGAGCGGGGCCUACUGCACAGUAGCAAAUGGUCCGCGGAGUUGGCCUUCUCCCUUCCCCCGUUGCCUCUAGCCGAGCUGCAGCCGCCGCCGCCUAUUACAGAGGAGGAUGCCCAGGAUAUGGAUGCUUACACCCUGGCCAAGGCCUACUUUGAUGUUAAAGAGUAUGACCGGGCAGCACAUUUCCUUCAUGGCUGCAACAGCAAGAAAGCCUAUUUUCUGUACAUGUAUUCCAGAUACCUGUCUGGAGAAAAGAAGAAGGAUGAUGAAACAGUUGAUAGCCUAGGCCCCCUGGAGAAAGGACAAGUAAAAAAUGAGGCUCUUAGAGAACUGAGAGUGGAGCUCAGCAAAAAACACCAGGCCCGGGAACUGGAUGGAUUUGGGCUUUAUCUGUAUGGUGUGGUCCUUCGAAAACUGGACUUGGUGAAAGAGGCCAUUGAUGUGUUUGUGGAGGCUACUCAUGUUUUGCCUUUGCACUGGGGAGCUUGGCUAGAACUCUGUAACCUGAUUACAGACAAAGAGAUGCUGAAGUUCCUAUCUUUGCCAGACACCUGGAUGAAAGAAUUUUUUCUGGCUCAUAUAUAUACAGAGUUGCAGUUGAUAGAAGAGGCCCUGCAAAAGUACCAGAAUCUCAUUGAUGUGGGCUUCUCUAAGAGCUCAUAUAUUGUUUCCCAAAUUGCAGUUGCCUAUCACAAUAUCAGAGAUAUUGACAAAGCGCUCUCUAUUUUUAAUGAGCUAAGGAAACAAGACCCUUACAGGAUUGAAAAUAUGGACACAUUUUCCAACCUUCUUUAUGUCAGGAGCAUGAAAUCUGAAUUGAGUUAUCUGGCUCACAACCUCUGCGAGAUUGAUAAAUACCGUGUAGAAACAUGUUGCGUAAUUGGCAAUUAUUAUAGUUUGCGUUCUCAGCAUGAGAAAGCAGCCUUAUAUUUUCAGAGAGCCCUAAAAUUGAACCCUCGGUAUCUUGGGGCCUGGACGCUGAUGGGACAUGAAUACAUGGAAAUGAAGAAUACGUCUGCUGCUAUCCAGGCUUAUAGACAUGCCAUUGAGGUCAACAAGCGGGACUACAGAGCCUGGUAUGGCCUUGGGCAGACCUAUGAAAUCCUCAAGAUGCCAUUUUACUGUCUUUAUUAUUAUAGACGGGCCCACCAGCUUCGGCCCAAUGAUUCUCGUAUGCUAGUUGCUUUAGGAGAAUGUUAUGAGAAACUCAAUCAACUUGUGGAAGCCAAAAAGUGUUAUUGGAGAGCAUAUGCUGUGGGAGAUGUGGAGAAAAUGGCUCUGGUGAAACUGGCAAAGCUUCAUGAACAGUUGACCGAGUCAGAACAGGCUGCCCAGUGUUACAUCAAAUAUAUCCAAGAUAUAUAUUCCUGUGGGGAAAUAGUGGAACACUUGGAGGAGAGCACUGCUUUCCGCUAUCUGGCCCAGUAUUAUUUUAAGUGUAAGCUGUGGGAUGAAGCUUCAGCUUGUGCCCAAAAGUGUUGUGCAUUCAAUGAUACCCGGGAAGAAGGUAAGGCCUUGCUCCGGCAAAUCCUGCAGCUUCGGAACCAGGGCGAGACUCCCAGCACUGAGAUACCUGCUCCCUUUUUCCUUCCUGCUUCCUUGUCUGCUAACAACACUCCCACACGGAGAGUUUCUCCACUCAACCUGUCUUCAGUCACACCUUAGUUGGCUACUUUCAAGCCAACACAUUGCUAAACCCAUUUUAAGCCUUACCUCCAUAUAGGGAAAAGUCAUGUCUAUUCUUCAACAGAUGAAAACAGCUCCUUGGGGAUGCUUUAUAGAAUCAUCUUGAGAGGCAGGCUAACAGACGGAUCCUGGCAGAAUUAGACAGUCUUUUGCCAGUUAAAAGUACUUCUGUCUCUCUUCUGUUCAGAGAAUGGCUAUAGAUGUUGGCCUUCUUCCCAGACCCGUUUCCCCUCCACACCCAAACAUCCCUUUUACAACAUUUUAGUACAGGAAAUGCCACAGGAAGAAAGUUUUAGUGCUGCUUUGAGUAGGAGGGGAUUUCUUUAGAGGCAAGAAAGGGAGAAAGAUCUGCCACUCUAUCCUCUGCUGGCUAGGGAUACGGGAUACCUCAGGAGGUCAGGGCACUGGAUAGCCAUGACCUCCUUGGAUUCGCUGAGCAUGGCUCUUAUUUGGAUGUCAGAAAUUAGGUUUAAAGAGUGAAACUAUACAUUUACCCUAGGGAGACAUUCUUCCAAAACACAGUUUUGAGAAGGAUCCUUCUAGAAGCUUUCAAAUUUAAAGUAAUUUAUUGGAGUUGAAUGAAAGAAGGGCAAAAAGAAUCUUAAGUAUGGAACUGCUGAUGGCACUGAGGACAAAAGAUGUUUUCCAUGGCAUAACUAUCCCUCUACCAAAGCAAAACAAGGAGACAGGAAUAUAAAUAAUUUUCUGGACAUUUGAAAAUGAUAACUUGUAUGACUGUACAAACUGAGAAUAAACACCUAGGGUGGUCUGUUUUAAUAAAAGUUUUUGAUAUGA